AUGCUUAGAUUUACAGUGUUCAUGGGUGCUUAUGCCCUUGUAACACACUAUGAGUCUCACAUGACAAAAGAUGAGAUUGAUCCAAUAGGCCAAAAUGAAACAAACCCUACACCUCACCAAAAUGAACAAUCCCCAUCUUUUAAUCCACACCAACCUACUCUUCCAUCACAAUCCAACCCUCAAGAGACUAGCCUUUCUAGCCGUAGUGGCUAUCCCCCGGUGCCACGAUUUUCGGCUGAAAAAAACCCUACUCCUGAUGUUACUCAAGCAACAAUUACUGUUCCGUCAAGGCCCAUCCUUCCACCACUUGGAAGCAACUACGAACUUUUGAUGCAUGCAAAUCCGCCACCGCAAUACCAACCAAUAGGGCAGUCCAGCGUACAAGAUUUUAACAACUCCAAGAUCUGGAUAGAUUCUGACACACAUGGUAAUCUCAUUUCAACGUGUAAAGAGAUUUCCAUAAUUGGAACCUAUGAUACACAGAUUGUAACGCUCAACCCACAAUCUCAAACAAUAAUUGGGGAAAACCAGAAAUACAGCCCACAACCAUCUCCGAUGCUGUUAGUCCCCUUGCGGGCUAAAAUCAACGAUACACUUCCAUCAAAGGCAACACCAUCGCCACUGGUCUUCGUAUCCGUGGCGAUGGAUCAAACAAUCAAACCAAAUCCAUUGCCAUCUAUCCAACAAGCUGAUCAUACGGUGGUGACUGAGCCAUCUCGUGAUCUCAUGACAAAGCAAUACAUCAAGCAAUUGGAUCACCCAAUCAAAGAGGUAGUUGAGAUUGUUGACAGUGAUGAUGAGAACUUGAACAUCAAAUCUGAUUCCAACAAGCUUGACUUAUCCUUGACUCUCUAA